AUGUCUGAUCUUAGACCCAUAGCCUUGUGUAACGUUCUUUACAAGAUUUUAGCCAAAGCUCUUGCAAACAGAAUCAAACCUCUCCUGAAUUCCUUGAUCUCAAACUCUCAAAGUGUUUUUGUCCCCAAUAGAUUGAUUACAGACAACCUCCUGUUGGCCUAUGAAUCUCAUCAUUACCUCAAUAGGAAAACUCAGGGGAACACGGGGUAUGUGAGCAUGAAAAUUGAUAUGAGUAAGGCCUAUGAUAGAUACAAGGUCAGUCUUGAAGGAAAGGAAUUGGGUCCUAUCGUUCCUAGGAGGGGAUUAAGACAGGGGGACCCCCUCUCGCCUUACCUGUUUAUCCUGGUUAUGGAAGGCUUAAGUGCUAUGAUUUCAAUGGAGAUUAAAAACAAUGGUAUUCAUGGCAUCAAAGUUGCUAGGGGUGCCCCAGAAGUCAGUCAUUUGUUUUUUGCAGACGAUUACCUUCUUUUUUGUAGGGCAAACUCCUUUGAAGCGAAUGUUAUGAAGGCUACUUUGGCAGAAUUUUCUUUGGCUUCGAGGCAGCACAUUAAUUACAAUAAAUCCUCCCUUAUGUUCAGUAAAAACGUUGACAGUCUCACUAGGGAGGUGGUGUGUGAAGUUAUGGGUAUCUCGGAAGGCUCCCACUCAGGCAGGUAUUUGGGGCUUCCAUCCCUGGUUGGAAGAAGCAAAAAUCAGAUUCUAGGCUUCAUCAGACAGAAGGUUAUAAGCCGUAUCAAGAGUUGGAACAACAAUUUUCUUUUAAAAGCUGGUAGAGAGGUCUUAAUUAAGAAUGUGCUUCAUGCUAUACCAACUUUCGCAAUGAGCAUCUUUCUUCUUCCGGUGGAGACUUGCAAUGGUAUAGAAUUAGCUAUGAACAAAUUCUGGUGGAAGGGGGAUGUUGACAGUAAUAGGGGCAUCAAUUGGAAGAAAUGGCAGGAUCUGUGCAAGCCAAAAAGCUUUGGUGGUAUGGGAUUUCGCAAGAUUAGAGAGUUUAAUAUAGCUCUCCUUGGUAAGCAAGCGUGGAGGUUUAUUCAGUUUCCGGAUUCACUUGUCUCAAGAGUUUUUAAAGCAAAAUACUUCAACAAUACUUCCUUCCUUGAGGCCAAACUGGGGAGCAACUCAUCAUUUGUAUGGAGGAGUAUCAUGGAAGCACAACCUAUCAUGAAAGCCAAUUGUAGAUGGAGGGUGGGUGAUGGUCACUCCAUAAAUAUUUGGAAGGACCCAUGGAUUCCUAGAAAGGAUAAUCCCUUUGUCAAGACUGCUAUGCCACAUUAUUUGGAACAUGCAAAGGUCAAUUCUCUCAUGGAGAUGAAUCAGGAAAAGGGGGCAGAGGCAAUUAUCAAAGAUAUAUUUGUGGAAGAAGAUUGGGAUCAUAUUAUGAAAUGUGCCUUUGCUAAAUCCUGCUGGAGCAAAAUCCCUUCUAUCCCUCAAAGAGCAGGAGGUCUUUUUCUGGAUUGGUUUAAUGAUUGUGUUUCAAGGCUCAAAUCUGAUUCCUUAGCUUUAAUGGCUACUGUGUGUUGGAAAGUGUGGGAUGCUAGGAACAAGUUGGUGUGGCAGAACCAGAGAUCACACCCUUCCCAUAUUGUUGAUGAAGCUGUUGUUUUUCUUGAUGCUUGGAGGACGAUUCACAACACCAAUGGAGAAGAGAAUGUUACUACAACAGUACAUACUUGGAAAAGACCACAUUUCGGCAAGCUCAAACUGAAUGUGGACGCAGCUUUUGAUGCUACAAAGAAAAGGACAGGCUUGGGAUGCAUUCUAAGAGAUGAGGAAGGGAAAUUUAUUGCUGCCCUUCAGCAGAGCUGCGAUAAUCUGUAUCAACCAAAAAUUGGGGAGGCUAUUGCAAUCCGGGAAGCUCUCAAAUGGAUUAAAGCCUUGAACUUUCAAUCUUUUAUUGUUGAAUCUGAUGCACAACUUGUAAUUUUAGGCUUGAAGGCCUCCUCUUGUAUGUCCUCCUUUGAUCUCAUUCUCCAGGACAUUAGAAACCUAGCUAGUGAUGUUUAUGACAUUAGCUUUUCAUUUGCUAAACGGUCCGCGAACAAGGCAGCACAUAUGUUAGCGAGGGAAGCAUUGUUCUUUGCCGAUCGUAGGGAGUAG